GAGGGAGGACAGUGAGUGCGCAAAUAGGCAAGCAGGCACAUCAGCAGCAGCGGCACAGCAUCGUCCUGAUCCUGAUCUCCUGGGUCUUCAGCUGCCAAUCCUCUCUGCGCGUCUCUGCUUGAGGUUUCACUGCCGGCUGAAGUGUCCAGAAGCCUCUGCCAACCAUCAGCUCCCACCAAACACUUUCUCUGGAGCGCGGUUAUUCUUAGCUCAGCGGCGAGAGACUGUCCUUCCGGUCCUUCUCUUAUUUAUCCCAGUUUCUUGAAUAUUUAAUGGAAAAUGGCGAUCUGCGCGCAGUCGUACGGUGUUUUCUGUCUCUUUGCAAUCCAAACUGUACUUAUCAUAUGCGUCUCCACGCCGACGGACGGGACCCACCUCUUCCCCCAGCACUACACAAUGAUUCACUGGGCAGGACGCAUCGAGAAGGAGCUGGAAAAGGUUCUGCAGCACGUCACCGGAACUCAGCAGAUGAGAUCGAUUUAUAAUGAGAAGAAGAGCCAGUUUGAAAUCAAGAGGAACAACCCCAAGGAAUUGGUGGAGCGAGUGGCACGGGACAUCUCCAAGCUUCUCAUCAGUAAGAGGAAAGCCCUGGAGAAUGUCCGAGAGUUCCGCGAACGAGUCCCAGAGUUCCGCGAACGAGUCCCAGAGUUCCGCGAACGAGUCCCAGAGUUCCGCGAACGAGUCCCAGAGUUCCGCGAACGAGUCCCAGAGUUCCGUGGCGGGUAG